UAUUUAGUUGACAUUUGAAGUUAGAAUUUGACAGUGAGACAAGAAAAUCAUGAUGUUCUUUCUAUUCUUAGUAGCUCUUCCUAUUAUUUUCAUUUUUCUUCGUCAAAAAGCCAAAAUGAGUAGAAAUACCAUUCUGCCACCAGGUCCUUUAGGUUUGCCAUUCAUUGGAAAUUUGCAUCAAUAUGAUGGUUUAACACCUCAUCUCUAUUUUUGGAAACUUUCCAAAAAAUAUGGAAAAAUCUUCUCAUUGAAACUUGGUUCUUCUCCAAUAGUUGUGGUUUCUUCACCAAAAUUAGCAAAAGAAGUAAUGAAGACACAAGAUUUAGCAUUUUGUAGUAGACCCUCUACUCUUUGCCAACAAAAAUUGUCUUACAAUAGUCAUGAUAUUGCCUUUUCACCUUAUAAUGACUAUUGGAGAGAAAUAAGAAAAAUUUGUGUGCUUCAUCUAUUUAGUCUCAAGAAAGUGCAAUCUUUUAGUCCAAUCUGUAAAGAUGAAGUCUCAAGAAUGAUCAAAAAAAUAUCGGAACAAGCUGCCACUUCACAAAUUACCAACUUGAGCAAUAUAGUGAUUUCACUAACAAGUACAAUAAUUUGUAGAGUUGCUUUUGGUAUUAGGUUUGAUGAAGAAGCACUUGAAAGGAGGAGAUUUGAUGAACUUUUACAUGAAACUCAAGCAAUUAUGGCUAAAUUCUUUGUCUCUGAUUUUUUUCCAUCUUUAAGUUGGAUUGAUAAACUUACUGGAUUAGCAAAUAGACUUGAGAAAGAUUUCAAGGAUUUGGAUGAAUUUUAUGAAGAACUCAUUCAGCAACAUCUUGAUUCCAAUAGGCCAAAAUCCAUGGAAGGAGAUAUCGUUGAUCUUUUGCUACAAUUGAGGAAAGAGCCAUCAACUCAAAUCAAUCUCACUUUGGACAACAUAAAGGGAAUUCUCAUGAAUAUAUUUGUCGCUGGGGCAGACACUAGUGCAAUUACAGUAGUUUGGGCAAUGACAGCCUUGGCAAAGAAUCCAAAAGUCAUGAAGAAAGUUCAAGCAGAAAUUAGAAAAUCAGUGGGGAAGAAAGGUAUUGUGAAUGAAGACGAUACCCAAAACAUGUCUUAUUUGAAAGCAGUGAUAAAGGAGACAUUUAGAUUGUAUCCACCAGCUCCAGUCCUAGUGGCAAGAGUGGCAGUGGAAAAUUCUAUUCUAGAAGGGUAUAACAUUCCACCAAAAACAACAAUUUAUGUUAACUAUUGGGCUAUUGCAAGAGAUCCUGAGUACUGGAAACAUCCAGAAGAAUUCAUACCCGAGAGAUUCUUGAAUAGUAGAAUCGAUUUUAAAGGCCAAGAUUUUGAGUUGAUUCCAUUUGGAGCAGGCCGGAGAGGUUGUCCAGGUAUUGCACUUGGGAUUGCAACGGUGGAGCUUAUACUAUCAAACCUUCUAUAUGCAUUUGAUUGGGAGUUGCCUUUUGGGAUGAAGAUAGAAGAUAUCGACACAGAUAUUUUGCCUGGGAUUACUGUGCAUAAGAAAAAUGAUCUUUGCCUUGUCCCUAAAGUUAUAUGUAGACUACACUAAUUAGUUUUUAGUUCGUGCGGAACAUAAUGUGAAAUAAAUACAAAUAUUAGUAAGAAUGCUCUACCACCCCCCCCCCCCCCCCCCCCGCCCGUAAAUAUCCUUUUUCGAUUAUGAAUUGAAUCAAACCACCGAAUGAUAUAUUCUUGAAAUGAAUAUAUCGACAGUUUUUCCUUUUGA